UCACGGCUAUGGAGGCGUCACAGAGAGACGUAGAUCGGGUCAAGGGCCCAUGGAGCCCCGAGGAGGAUGAGAUGUUGCGGAAGCUAGUGCAGAGCCAGGGGGCUCGGAGCUGGUCUGUGAUUAGCAAGGCGAUCGCGGGGAGGUCAGGCAAGUCGUGCCGGCUUCGUUGGUGCAACCAACUUUCACCGGAGGUGGAGCACCGGCCCUUCACCCUAGAGGGGGACCAGAUCAUUGUUAAGGCCCACGCCAAGUACGGCAACAGGUACACCAUCGCCAGGUUGCUCAACGGCCGUACGGACAACAGGAUCAAGAACCACUGGAAUUCUACACUGAAGUGGAAAUACUCAUUGAUAAGCGAUGACACCGCCACCAUCACUACAACUACCGCAGACGAAAUUCUAUCACGACCGCACAAGAAAUCUGAGGGACCGCCUCCUCUUGUGACGGUUUCUAGUCGACAUUACAGUCUAGCUAGGUUGCCCGUCUGGAUCCAACGUUAG